UCGGUUUUCAGAUUUAAUAGAUCCCUUUCUUUUUUUCUGAAAACCUAUUUUUCUUCUUCUUCUAAAACCCUCGCAAUCUCUCUCUUCCACUCGUAUCAACAAUGGCCCGUAGCAGAAGCAAGAAAGAAGAAUCCAAACGGAGAAAAACCGAUGAUGAUUCCGAAGACGAAUCCGAUUCUUCUCCGACACGACGGUCCACAAAAACCAGAGAACGUAGCCGCAGCACCAAACGCAGGUAUUCUGAUUCCGAUUCUUCUCCGAGACGAAGAAGAUCCGGAAAAAGUAGUCAACGCAGCCGCACCAGACGCAGAGACUCUGAUACUGAAGAUUCGGUAGAUGAUUCUGAUGAUGACCGGAAGCAGAAGAAGUCUAGGUCUUCUUCGAAGAAGAUUAGUGAAGAGGAGAUUGCUGAGUAUUUAGCUAAGAAAGCUCAGAAGAAGGCGAUGAAGGUAGCGAAGAAGUUGAAGUCUCAGAAUGUUUAUGGAUAUGCGAAUGACUCGAAUCCGUUUGGUGAUUCGAAUUUAAAUGAAAAGUUUGUAUGGAGAAAGAAGAUCGAGCGAGAUGUUACUCAAGGAGCUCCUCUAGACAUGUUCUCUAUUAAAGCCGAAAAGAAGAGACAGAAAGAAAGGAUGGCCGAAAUUGAAAAGGUUAAAAAGAGAAGGGAAGAAAGGGCCAUUGAAAAAGCACAACACGAGGAGGAGAUGGCUUUGCUGGCUAGAGAACGUGCUCGAGCCGAGUUCCAGGAUUGGGAAAAGAAAGAAGAAGAGUUUCAUUUUGAUCAAAGCAAAGUUCGAUCUGAAAUACGGUUGCGUGAAGGGCGUAUUAAGCCAAUUGAUGUACUAUCUAAGCAUCUUGAUCCUUCCGGUGAAUUUGAUAUCGAGAUAGAGGAGCCAUACAUGGUUUUUAAGGGUUUGACUGUUAAAGAGAUGGAAGAGCUUCAGGAAGACAUAAAAAUGCAUCUCGAUUUAGACAGAGGAACACCCACACAUAUACAAUAUUGGGAGGCACUUGUGGUGGUAUGUGAUUGGGAGUUAGCGGAGGCCCGCAAAAAAGAGACAUUGGAUCGGGCUAGAGUGAGAGGUGAAGCACCACCGGCAGACAUAGUUGCAGAAGAACGAGGUAUGCAUUCGAGUAUCGAAGCAGAUGUGAAAAAACUUCUUGAUGGAAAGUCGUUUGCUGAACUCGAACGUCUUCACUCCGAAAUCGAGUCCGAGAUGCGUUCCGGCAAGGCGAAGGUUGUUGAGUAUUGGGAAGCGGUUCUUAAACGCAUUCACAUCUAUAAAGCUAAGGCUUGCUUAAAGGAAAUUCACAAUAAGAUGUUGCGUAAACAUAUAGAGCGACUCGAGCAACCCGACGAGAGUUUCUACAAGGACAUGGAACGCGAGAAAACCGCUUCACCUAAAGUUGACCAAGAAUCCGAUCAUGAUCUAGAAGGUGAUGAAGUUCCUGAAGCAAUACCGAGAAGCGAGCAGCAGGCAACGGAGGAUGAAGAAGCGGGUUCGUUUUCGCCAGAAUUGUUGCAUGGUGAUGAAGACGAAGAGGCAAUAGAUCCUGAAGAGGAUAGGGCUAUUUUGGAACGGAAUCGUAUACAAGUAGUGGAAGAACAGCAGAGAAAGCUUCAAGAAGCAAUGGCGAUGCCACCCCCCGAGGAUAAUUUGGAGAUGCGUGCCGUGAAAGCGAUGGGAGCUAUGGAUAAUGGCGAUGAAGUAUUUGGAAACAGCGAUGAAGUCAACGUUGACUCACAGGUAUACUGGUGGCAUGACAAAUAUCGACCUAGAAAACCAAAAUAUUUCAACCGUGUGCACACUGGAUACGAGUGGAACAAAUACAACCAGACUCAUUACGAUCACGACAAUCCACCCCCGAAGAUUGUGCAAGGUUACAAAUUCAAUAUAUUCUACCCGGAUCUUGUUGACAAAACAAAAGCUCCGGUUUAUACAAUCGAGAGGGACGGAGAUAGUGCUGAAACCUGCAUCAUUCGGUUUCAUGCUGGCCCACCGUAUGAGGAUAUUGCGUUUCGCAUUGUUAACAAGGAAUGGGAGUAUUCACACAAGAAGGGAUUCAAAUGCACAUUUGAGCGUGGAAUCUUGCAUGUGUAUUUCAACUUCAAACGAUAUAGGUACCGAAGAUGAGUAUGGUUAAUGGUGCUUAUUCGACUUGUAACUUGAGUCUAGAGAAAUUGUACCUUUUAUCUUUAUACAUACAGGUUUCUGUUUGUGUAAGUUACAAAAGUGAUUUAACAUAUGCAGGAUACUUGUUAUUCUUUGUAACCUUAUUUCUGUAGUUUGUUACAAUUUGGUCAGGACCAUAGGAUUCAUAGGCCCAUUAAAUUUUUAUAUUA